AUGCAGUCCUCAGAUAUUCUCCCCGGCACAACCGAACUCGGCUCGUUGAUCGCCAACUCCAACGAUGAGAGCCAGUUUGUGGGCAGCUCCAGUGGCGUGUAUUUUAUCAACACCGUUCGUCAGGCCUUUGCAAAAAGUCUGGGUCCUCUUGGUAAUGAUCCCUUAUCAAGCCCAGGUUUUCCUGCCGCGGAGGAAACACUAGUUGGGCCGGAGUCCUUAUCUUCUGGCAACGCCAGUAGAGACAAGACAGCCAACUCUGCGGCUGAGAACGAUAUACGACCCCAAAAGAACUGGGGUUAUGAUUCAGAAGUCUCCAGUGCUUUGGGAGAAGCUCCCGCCCUCGAAAAUGCUCGCCAGCUAAUGAUGAUGUAUUUCAAAGUGUGGCAUCCCAUAUUCCCGUUCCUGCAUGGACCCUCGUUCUUGCAAGAGAUGGAGGCACUGUAUUCGGCGAAUAAUACACUGGAUGGAGAAAGUCAGCCUAGAGGAUCCCAUCAUCAAAGCACCUGCUGGACCACGAUUUUCCAGUGCGUCUUCAAUCUCGCCGCUCUUCUACAACCAGACCUUCAACUCCGCCAAGAGUCCAAAAUCCAAUCCGUGGCAGAGUUUCCAAAACUCGUCGGAAUACUUCUCUACCGCCACGAUAUGCUGUCGCUUCAGGCUGUUCUUGUUAUGCAGCUGUAUCUUGUAGCUACCAUGUCUCUGCACAACGCAUCCUUGAUCGGUGGGUCCAUCUUGCGAUCUAUCCUGCAUGCGGGGCUUCAUCGCUGUCCGUACCGGUACAAACAGCUCACCUCUCAUGAUCGACACUUGCGUAAACGUAUCUUUUGGUGUGCAUAUGCCAUUGAUAGAUAUCUGAGCCAGGCACUGGGCCUUCCUCUCGGUAUUCAGGACUCUGAUAUAGACGUAUGUCUUCCGGGGAACCUAGAGUACCAUGCACCAGCGGAUCCGGGCCAUUUUUCAGUCUCGUCAUCUCUUCAAGACGGCUACGAUGAAUCCUCGAUUUCUCGGACAUCAGCAGAAGAAAGCUCGAGUUAUAUACAAGAAGAACUUCUCAAUAGAGAAAUCACAUUAGCCAGCUAUGUCAUUUAUGGGAAACUCACCGGAAGAGCUCUAGAGCUAUUUCACAAGUCCAUCCAAAACCGGCAAAUCCGACGAAGUGCAGUCCUAUACCUCGUCUCCGACGUACAUAAAUGGUGGAAUAACCUCCCAAGCUCUUUGCAGCAAAAAGGUGAAAGCCACAACAAUAACCCAGAAGACUUUGAAGAAUCUGCCGCAGACUCGUUUGAUCUAAGCCCCUUCUUCUCAGUUUUGUAUGAACAUCUUAUUCUUUGUAUAAAUCGGCCGUAUCUUUCACUGGAUCCGUCGUCCCCAGAUUUUUGCUCGUCGUUGCAGACCUGCAUCGGUGCCGCGAGGAAUAUUUUGUCGUCGUUGAGGGCUCAACCAUACAAGGGUCAGGCCCUUUUCUGGCCGGGUCUGUUGUCGGCGGCGUAUAUGUCCGGGUUGAUCAUUGCAUUUGCCUGUCAGCUGAAGCAGUACGUUCUUUCAAAAGGAUGCCAAGAAAUACGCGGCUGCCUCGAGAUUUUGCAAGUCAUGUCCAAGCAAUGGGAAACAGCAAAACACUGCCAUAGUGCACUUUCAUUUCUACUCCUGAACAUCCAACGCAUGAAUCUACAACACCAAAACGCUCCUCCUGUAUCACUCAAUUUCGAAGAAAGGGGAGUCCCUGCAGGCAUGUCAAGAAGCAAACGACAAAAAAUCACUCACGCCGCUUUUGACGAUCAAACAUCGUCAUCUCGUAGUACCACCACAACAACGCAUUAUAAUAACCACCACGACGACAAUAAUCUUGCACAUUCGCUAAGCCUGGCACCUAGCCAAACUCCAGAAACCCGAGUUUCUACAAAUAAUAAACCAAUGCAAUCACAAAACACAAGAACUCCAUUCCAAUCCAGAAAUUUCGCCACAUACAACGAGAAUCCAGAGAGCAGCAGCACCAACAACAACAAUCCGUCCCCAUACUCUCCUCUCCUGAUGAUGAUGGGCGGCACAACAAAUAGUCAAGUUGAACAAAGCCUGCUUCAAUGGCCGCCUGGAGGACCAACAAUGACGACAAACUUUGAUCUCAACAUGACAGACCUGUUUCAAGGGUCGACGUGGGACCCGUCAUUGUUUGAUGCUUUCACGCAGGGACAGUUGCCGUCACAGGAUGAUUUAUAG